CAGGACUGUCGUUCUGGCUCGUCUGAUCAUGUAUAAGGCGCGGCCGGGCUGUUUUUUCCCUGCUUGCUUGCCCCUUCUCUGCCCUACGAUCCUGGCGCUGGGUCUUUUUUGGGUGGCCAUAGUGGAGGGCUGGCGCAUCCCUUUUGUUGCACAAAGCUGGAAAUACUCAAUAUCAAGGUCACAGCAUCAGCUUUCUCCUCGUUUGACCGCAUUUAAUGGCCUAAAGAGCAGUCCUCGCGUCGCUACCCGGCUUUUUCCUACCCUUUUGCCGACCGUUGACCCUCCGACUGGCCCUCCGCCUCCGUGGUUCAUCGAUGGCGUCAAAUUCGAAUGUACCGCCUGUGGAAAAUGCUGUAAAGUCCAAGGUGAUGUAUGGUUAUCUCCCAAUGAGGUGGAGUGCGCCGCACGCUACCUAAGCCUGUCCCCAGAAAGCUUUCUCGCCACGUGGGGGGAGGAAGAGAGGCGAGGAUGGAUCCUACUGAAGAGUCGGACUUUUUCCCCCGCGCAAGGGGGAGGGGAGGGUUGUGUCUUUUUGAGUGACGACUUAAAAUGCUCCAUAUACGAUGCCCGACCUUUGCAAUGCCGGACGUACCCGUACUGGCCGCGCAUCAUGCAUUCCCGGGAGACGUGGGAGGCCGAGAAGGUUGUAAGGGAGGGAGAAGAGGGUGAAGGGAGGCGUUGGGACCCGGUAGAGGGGGGUUGUGAAGGAAUUGAGCAUGCAGAAGCCGGGAUGGUGGAUUUCAACAAGGUACGGCUGCAGUUAUUGCUGCAAAUUGGAUACAACCGGGCUCUUCCCGGGGAUUUCCUGCCAUGAAACGUGUAGACUGACCUGAGCGAGACAGAAUGCAGACGAAGACUGGGCGUGACUGAACGCAGGAAAUCCAUCCAUGGGAGUGCAUAGUUAUGCAAAUGAUGACUAUGAAAGGAUGCUCUAACCAAGCUAUAACGGUCUUAUGUCGGGAGGAAAACAAGAAGGGACGUGUGAAGGAGGAAGGGAAAAAAAAAAGAAAAGAUGUAAAAGCCAUACAA